CGCUGCAGCAAAGGAGCCGCCGCCGCCGCCCCGUCCCGUCCCGCCCCGACCCCGGCCACCCCCGGAGCCCCGACCCCCCCGGCUGGGGCGCGGCCGGGGAUGAGCCGCCCCUGAGGACCCCGCCCGGGCCAGCCCGAGCUGCCCAGCCCAGCCCAGCCCGGCCGCCGCCGCCGCUGCUCGCCAUGGGCAAGGACCAGGAGCUGAUGCAGGCGGUGAAGGCGGAGGACGUCGGCGCGGUGCAGAAGCUGCUGCAGAGGCCCAAGCCGGGCAAAGCCAAGCUCCUCGGAUCAGCCAAGCGGGUGAACGUUAACUUCCAGGACACGGAUGGGUUCUCUGCUUUGCAUCACGCCGCCCUCAAUGGCAACACCGAGCUCAUUCUGCUGCUGCUGGAGGCCCAGGCUGCGGUGGAUAUCAAGGACAACAAAGGGAUGCGCCCAUUGCAUUACGCUGCCUGGCAAGGGAAGAAGGAGCCCAUGAAGCUGGUGCUGAAGGCGGGCUCCUCCGUGAACAUCCAGUCUGAUGAGGGACAGAUCCCGUUGCACUUAGCAGCCCAGCACGGACACUACGAUGUGUCAGAGAUGCUUCUUCAGCACCAGUCCAACCCCUGCAUCCUGGACAACUGUGGGAAGACCCCUCUGGACUUGGCCUGUGAGUUUGGCCGCGUUGGGGUGGUACAGCUGCUUUUGAACAGCAACAUGUGUGCAGCUCUGUUGGAGCCCAAGCCAGGGGACAUCACCGACCCGAACGGGACCAGCCCUUUGCACCUGGCCGCCAAGAAUGGGCACAUUGACGUCAUCAGGCUUCUGCUCCAGGCCGGCAUAGACAUCAACCGCCAGACCAAGGCAGGCACCGCCUUGCAUGAGGCGGCUUUGUGUGGCAAGACGGAUGUGGUGCGCCUCCUCCUGGAUAGCGGGAUCAACGCCCAUAUCCGGAACACCUACAGCCAGACUGCCCUGGACAUCGUCCACCAGUUCACAGCCACCCAAGCCAGCAAGGAGAUCAAGCAGAUGCUGCGAGAUGCUUCGGCUGCCCUGCAGGUCAGGGCCAUGAAGGACUAUUGUAACAAUUACGACCUGACCAGCCUCAACGUGAAAGCUGGGGACAUCAUCACAGUUCUGGAGCAGCAUGCCGAUGGUCGAUGGAAAGGCUGCAUCCAUGACAACCGGACAGGCAAUGACCGUGUGGGAUACUUCCCGUCCACUCUUGUGGAAGCUAUCAGUAAACGCACAGGUUCCCGGGGGUCAGAUGCCAGCCCAUCUCACUUGUCCCCGGGGAGUUCUGCUACUACGCCAGCCCCAGCGGAAGAAAUCUGGGUCCUCCGCAAGCCCUAUGCAGGUGGUGACCGCAGCAGCGUGGGCAGCACUGGAAGUGUGGCCAGUGGGCGGAGCUCGGGGAGUGGCCAAAGCACUGGAAGUUGUGGCCAUGUGGCCCUUCACCCAAGCUCAGAAGGUGUGAAGCUACUGGCAACUGUCCUUUCCCAGAAGGCGUCUGUGCAAGAAUCUGCUGUGAGUGACGGGCCUGCCAAGGCGGUGGAGACACCCGCAGGUUCUUCGCGGACCCCAGGAUUGGCCAGCUCAUCGUACCCUGGCCAGCCGUAUGGCGAGCAGCAGGUCAAGAAGGUGGAGCCACAGUCCGAGGGGAAGAGCUCAGAGGCUGUCUACCAGUGGCUGUACAAGUUUCAGCUGCAACUCUAUGCCUCCAACUUCAUCAAUGCUGGUUACGACAUCCCCACCAUCAGCCGGAUGACCCCAGAGGACCUGACAGCGAUUGGGGUCACCAAGCCAGGACACCGGAAGAAGAUUGCCUCUGAGAUCAACAGCCUGAACAUUCCUGAAUGGCUCCCAGAAUACAAGCCCGCAAACCUGGCUCUCUGGCUAUCCAUGAUUGGUUUGGCACAAUAUUACAAAGUCCUGGUGGAAAACGGCUACGAGAACAUCGAUUUUAUCACUGAUAUCACUUGGGAGGAUCUGCAGGAGAUUGGCAUCACCAAACUGGGCCACCAGAAGAAGCUGAUGCUAGCCGUGAAGAAGUUGGCGGAGAUCCAGAAAGCUGAAUACAUCAAAUAUGAAUCAGGGACCCUGAAGAAGAAGAGUGCACCCCAGUCCCAGGACACAAUGGCCAUAGAGUCCCCUCAGCAGGAGACAGCUGAAUGCCAGUCACCCAAGAUGUCCACUUUCCAGGACAGCGAGCUGAGCAACGAACUGCAGGUAGCCAUGACAGGCACCAGCGAAGAGGGGCCCGAGAAGCAGACCAACCACGCGACGCACUUCCGGGACGGGGCCGCCUACCGGCAUUCCUCCCGCCUCACCCACGAGAACAGUCUGAGCGGGAGAGCUAAGCUCAUCAGCAGUUCCCAGGAGCUGCUGGGAGAUGGGCCCAAAACUCCUGGCGCAGCAGUGUCCAAAAGCCAGGAGCACCUGGCAGAGGAGGGGAAGGAGGCUGCAGCCACCCUGCCCAAGGAGGUGCGGGGGCUCCGGCACGGCCACAGCGUCAAGAGAGCCAGCGUCCCCCCGGUGCCCGGCAAACCCCGGCAAUCAUUCCCUCCAGCUGCAGGCCACUACACCCCUCCGCAAACCCCCACAAAGCCCCGCCCAUCCUCUCCCCAGGCUUUCGGGGCCCCCCACGCCACGGCCAAAGUAAAACCCACACCACAGCUGCUGCCGCAGACCGACCGCCCCAUGUCUCCUCGCUCACUGCCUCAGUCUCCGACACACCGUGGCUUCGCCUACGUCAUGCCGCAGCCUGUGGAGGGAGAGGCCCAGGCGGCGGGCCCCUUGGCUCAAGCUGUGCCGGUUCUGCCCAUCUCUGUCCCAGUGCUGUGCCUGCCACCUCAGACUGCAGAGGGCGACGAGGAGGCGGGUCGGCCUAAAAAGCGGGCCCACAGCCUGAACCGCUACGCAAUGUCCGACAGCGAGCAGGAGCGGGACGAGCUCCUGGUGCCGGAUGCCGGGCCCUAUGCCACCGUGCAGCGGCGAGUAGGACGCAGCCACUCUGUCCGGGCACAGUCGGGCGCCGAUAAGAAUGUGAACCGCAGCCAGUCGUUUGCAGUGCGGCCAAAGAAGAAGGGCCCUCCGCCUCCGCCACCCAAGCGUUCGAGUUCUGCCAUCUCCAGCAGCAACAUGGCGGAUGAUUUCAGCAAAGAAGCAGAGGAAGGGGAGGAGCUGGCCCAGAAGCAGGCGAGCGACGGGGGCGCCGUGGAGACUGGCAGUGCUGGGAGCGUAAAGAGCAUUGCUGCCAUGCUGGAAAUGUCCUCUAUUGGUGGGGGGUGCCGGGCUCUUGCCAUGCAAAAGCCGCCCGGAGCUGGGAUGGGGGCCAAUGGGUACUACUUGCAGCCUGGUGUUGCUGUGCGCUCAGCCAGUCCAGAACACUCUCGCGUCGCAACUGUUCUGGCCACCGUCAAGCACAAAGAUGCCAUUGGACCUGACGGGGAGGUGGUGAACCGCCGACGCACCAUCAGCGGGCCUGUUACCGGGCUUGUGGCGGCUGCUCGCCGUGAGCGCUCGGACAGCACCAAGUCCGACGCAUCCAAAGAGGGCGGUCCCAUGGAACGGCUGCGGGCAGAACACGGUGGGAGCUCCCCGCAGAACAGUUUGGGUGAAAAUAUUCCUUUUGCCGAGGAAGGCAGCCUGACCAUCAAGCAGCGUCCUCGGCAGAUGAGCCUCCCUAAGGCGGAAGGUGGGGAGGGUUUGCCGCUUGCCCAUCGGCACGGUGACCUUUCCAAAGUGGAGGCCAGUGCCACUCUCAAGAGGAGGAUCCGGGCAAAGCAGUGUCAGCAGGACAACGUCAAGUUCAUUCUCACAGAAUCCGACACGGUGAAGAGGCGGCCAAAGUCCAGAGACAAGGAGCAGGAGCCGGCGCCGCUGUCGGUUUUCCACAAUGGCAUGGCCACGGUCAAACGCCGGCCGACCUCUGAGAUGAGCAGCCUGGGGGCGGUGGCCCCAGCGGAACAGCAAGAGAGAGGGGAGGGCGCUUCGGCUCAGCUCGCCCGGGAAGGAGAAGCCAAGAAGCCCAUCAAGCCCCCCGUUUCCCCCAAGCCCAUCCUACCGCCUAAAGCUUCUGGGCCCUCCACGCCCACAUCCAAAAGGGCUCCGAUUCCAGGCCCUGGCAGUCCAGAGGUGAAGCGUGUCCAUGGGACCCCACCACCCACAUCUCCUAAGCCCACACCACCCCCAACUGCUCCCAAGCCUAAGGUCCAUGCUGUCCUCCAGUCAGUGAGUGCCAGCUCCACACCAGCACCGUCCCCUGCCAAGCAGCUCGCCCCUACCAUCAAGCCUUCAAGCACACCUCCUUCCCUCUGUUCCAGCCCAGCCAAGCCUUUGUCUCCCGGAGGACUGCCUCCUCAUACAGUGCCAGUCAAGCCACCUCGCUCCUCCAUGGCUGGGCCCUCAGUGGAGAGCACAGAGAGUGUGCAUCAGAAACUGGAGGAGACCAGUGCUUCUCUGGCUGCUGCUCUGCAAGCUGUGGAGGAGAAGAUCAAGCAGGAGGAUGGGCAAGCAGCAGAUUCCACCGCAGAGUCCAAGAGCACCGUCAGCAUCCUGGAUGACAUUGGCAGCAUGUUUGAUGACCUUGCUGACCAGCUAGACGCCAUGUUGGAAUGAGAGCUGGAGAACAAUCCGGGCCAACCUCAGGAUCUGCCAUGGGCACAAGGGCACAAUCACCUCCAUGAAGAUCUCCCCCCACUCCAUUUUUUGAGGUUUGCACAAAGAAGACAAGGUUACCUCAGGAUUGUGUUGAAACAAACUGAGAUGUUUGAGAAAGGCUUUCCUUGGGACCCGUUUUGCAAAGCAAAAAGAAGAGAAGAACCACAUUUGGGUUUCUUCUCCCAUCCCUUCCAAACACUUGUUGGACCUUGGAGAUUACAAAAUGACUACGGUUCUCCUCCUGCAGUGGAGUCAAAGGUCAGGGCCCUGGGAUGGGCAGCGCUUCCAUGGCAAUGGGAAGAAAGUGAGCUUAAACUUCCUUCAGCACAGCUUUCCAGGCAAAGUGGCUCCAUCCACUCUAAAGUGGCUGUUCCCCCCACAUAUAAUUAUAAAAGUAUUUCCUUUCCCCUCUCUCCAGAUCAGUCCUGAGUUGUUAACAGUCCCAAUACACUAUCAAAAUACGUGGCACAAAUAAGUAUUAGUCUUCUCUGGUUCUUCAUGUUUUCAGUUUGGGGUGAAAUCUUGUCUUAGCGGUAACUAUUGCCUUCUGUGUUGAUGUUUCUGGACUGAACACCACUGUAGUCUUCUUCCGUGCUCAGUUCGCGCGCCCAUCUGCCAUCGCUGGAAAUGCUGGUAGAGGCAGGCAUGGAAGGCCUGAGGGAACCUGGGAGUUGGGGUGGGGGGUGGGGGAAACCUUCAGCAAGCUGCAUGCUUUGUUUCUUUGUCCUGAAGGUGUUCGUCUUCUGGUGAUGAUGAAGCUGUGACUGUCAGAAGUUUUGUUUUGUUAACACGUCCCCUUUGAGAUACAAGCUCUUUUUUCUGUUGGUUUGCCUUGGAAAGCAUCAUUCCUGGCAAAAGCUGUGCAAAAGCUUUGGUAUGUUUGCAUGAUCAAUAGAAAUGUUGAAAUAUGAAAAGAAAAAAAAGGGGGGGAACGGGGGAAUAAAAACAUCCUGGCCAAAAUCUCCUUGUACAUAGCCCACUGGUGGCUUCUGCAGCUGCCAAAGAUGAAUGGCAAAUCUCUAUUUCUUUUUUCACCCCUCCCUUGAGGUAAAAGGCAGUUCUGAGCAUAGGGACUGCACCGCACUUUCUAUUGCUCUAAGGCACUUCUGGUCCCAAAGAGUUUGCCACUGAUUGAACCGUUUAGCCUUCUUAACCUGCCAUUGACAGGGACUGUUCCAGAUGCCUGGGGAGCACGGUUGGGAGAAGACACCAUUAACCAGGCAGUGGACAGACAAGGACAUAUAAAUAAUAUCCAUGCUCUGGAAACCCUGGGCAGGGGCAAUGGUUCCGUAUUCCAGUGGAGGUUUAAUGGAAGAGAGGCAUCCUCCCUUGGUAUUACACAUGCAGUUUCAGGAAGGGUAAUCAAAGGAGGCUCAGCCAAGAUAAGUGAAUUGCAACCGUUGAACGCGGUUUGUGCUCCUGACUCAUGGCUGACACUCAAGCUGCAGCUCUUGCCCUGACUGAUCUUAGGCACCUGUGAGGGAUCUUCUGGCAAUCAGUUAGGAAAGGGCUUGCUUGAGAGGAAGAAUCCUGCCAAGUGCAGCACUGUUCUUUCAUCCCAGAAAAGAGUAUCUUCCAAGAGGAUCACAAUUUCUGCAUACCCAAGGGUUGCUAGUCUGCAAAUGUACAAGAUGCGCCAAAGUUUAUUCAUAUGAGCCUUCUCCAUCUUCCAGGCAUGUACUGCAGAAUUGCUCUUUUUAUUAGUCCCCAGGCAGUAUAAGCACCACCUUGGUAUUGUGGCAAGUUCAUUUUCUAAUUUCAUCAACCAACUUGAGCGCUUUAGCUUCUUGGAAUGAGGAAACUGUAGCAGUGGCGAGGACACAUUAUUCUUUCAGUUCAGAACUCUCUAUUGUCCUCAGGUUUCCUCUGGUUUAUUACACUUGCAAGUUGGGAGGGUCUUAACAGGAACUAGGCAAGACCCUCAGUUGCAAGAGGAAUGCUUGAAUGUUGCAGUUAGGGAAGGCCAGCUUUUGUCUGGCUGCUAUACCUGAUGGACGAGGUUCUCUGGAUCUCCUAGCUUCUUCAAGUUGCACCGGAAGACUUGGAUUACCCUCCAGCCAUGUUCUCCGUGAGCUGCUUUGGCAUCAGCUUUGCUUGGUCUUCCUUCUUGUGGAAUUCACAAAACUUUCUGAAGGAGUUUUUCGUUGCAUUGUGAUGGCAAGAAAUAGCAUUUUACAAGGAGACGCAGGUCAUUUUACUUGAACAGUUUACUGGGUCCUCUAAACCUUGUGCCCACAGGAGCUUUCUGUUUUUUAGGCUUAUGGGCAAGUGUUAAUCCCAGACACGUCCUUUGUCCAGGGACAGUGGGAGCAUUUUUAAACCUUAGAGCUAUCUCAAAAUGACUUCUUUGCCUAAAAUACGCCAUCAAAGUAAAUUCCCCUAAGUACUCAGAAGGAAUUUUUGCCAGUGCCUAAUUGUUUUUGACUCUUAGAAUGCAUUUCCUAAUCUCUAGCCUAAACUGGCUCUUAAAUGUCUUCUGCCAGUUAUAUUUCUCUCCCUCAUGAUGUUUUUGUACUUCAGAAUAACCGUGGCCAUGUU